CGUAAGGAGGAGACCAGGGCGCAUACUGCACGACGGGCGGCGGACAGGGCGGAGAGGGAGAUGAUGCGGGGAGAGGAGUUGUGGGGACCGUUCGAGGAGGUCGCUUCCACGGGCGGCACAGGAGCACGGGCGACGAGCCCCACUCCGACAAGGCGGGAGUUGUCCGUGCCACCACCUUCUGCUCCGAGUCCUGCACCGCCAUCGCCCAUCGCGCCAUAUGAGUCGACCAAGCCCCACUCCGACGAGGACAUGGAGGAGUUGGCGUCCUCUUUGCCUCAGCGCGGACUACUCCAAAGAGGCAGGGCAGUCCGACAGCUGAGGUUACGAUCACCUUCUCCGGGGGUCUUGCAGGAGGAGGGGGGACCGUCGGCAGCAGCAGUGGAGGGGGAGAUGGCAGUGGAGGGGGGAUUGGCGGACACGACGAUUGUAGGUGUGGUGGACCAGAUAGUUGUAGCAGCAGUGGCUUCAUUGCUAGAGGAGCUGGCAGCUUCAGUGUUGGCGGAGGAGGCACCAGCGCCAGGGGGAGCAGAUGCAGUGGAAGGGAAGGCGGGAGCAGCUGGAGGAGCAGCGGGAGAAGCAGCUGGAGGAGCAGCUGCACUGGAUGGGCUUAUGGCUGGAGCAGCAGGAGCAGCUGGAGGAGCAGAUGCAGUGGAGGGGGGAGUGCCAGGAGCAGUGGAGGAGGAGAUAGGGGCACAGGCGGAGGUGUCGCGUGGGGGCGGCGACGAGCGCCUCAUGCAGCAGUUCCUCACGGAGCAAUACGAUCCUGUCAUGGCGGGUAUGACUCCAGGUGUGGCGAGGGGGUUUUGGAUCUUGGAUUCGCAGAUGGGGGGCCACCUGGACUUAGAUAUGUCGAUGGGCCUUCCACCUAGUUGCGGCGGGGCGACAUCGACGGAUCGUGCUCCAUCGAGGGACGACGCGGCUGGAGAGAGUCACACGCAGCCCCAGAGAGAGACGACGACAGGGUCUCCGGAUGCGGCACGAGACAUCAUGGGGCGAGAGAGGGUUCGACUUAUGGCAUCGACUAACCCGCGUGCACAGGCGUUCACACGGGCGUUGGAGGAUGCGAGGCGUCGAGAGACAGGGAGGGAUUGUGUGGAGGGUGGGGGUGGGCGAGAGGUAGCGGAUGUUCAUGUGGAGGGCUUGCAACAGGCGGUGGAUGAGGCUAUGCAGGCAGGACGGCGGCAAGACGAGGGUGUGGGUGACGCACGAUGUGUGGUCCAGGAGACAGCGACAGGUCCAGUCGUUCCGUUCUCGGGCCUGCACUUGGCUCAGGGCCGACAGUCGCAGCCGGUGCCGGUGGCAGUGCAUGGUGUGCCGCCGCCCGUUAUCACGAAUUUGGGGUCCGAGCCGGUGGUUGCGCCACCGCGUCUUCCUAGUCACUUUGCUCCGCAGGAGGUCCGUCGUCCUUUGGAUGCAGACGAGUUGGCGAGAGAGGCUGUCCGCGAUGUGACUCGCUUGGACCGACGAAUCUUUGACCAGAGGCUACAGCAUCCAGCAUGGCAGGCGAUCCCUCCAGUUCCAUGGGGUCCUGCAUCGCCGGUGUGGUCUGGGUCUACCUCCACCGGAGCACGUACGGCGGGAGAUGUUCCAAGGGUUUCAAGUGGCGUCAUGGAGAUGGCGCCACGUACACGAGACAUGCCACCCCCUCCUCCUAAACCACCUGUAGGUGAUCCAUCAUCGUCGCCUACAGGCAGAGGCUCUCGAUCUCCACACACGCUUGGGAGGUCUAGGAUUCGGGACACUAUAGCCGAUGUGGGGGACCGAGGUCGCGGCAGAGGAGUGUCCGUCAAUAGCUUGGAGCACGCUCUGAGAGCAGCGACGCGUGCCGUACUUGAGCAGACUCCACGCAAGCGCGGAGUGCCUCCUCGUCCACGCCCCGUGCCCGCACAGGGAGGAGAUGCACUUGGAGAGACUUCGGGGGCAGAGAGGUUGGGGAUGCCUCGUGGAUCGCGUCGUGAGCAGACGGUUGCAGAGGCUAGUGCGAGGGUUGUUGUGUUGAGGAAGGCAGGAGCCCCUGACACCAUUGAGGAGGAUGAUCCUGAGACAGAUGUGGCAGUGCGGGAGGAGAACGAGGACUAUGAGGGCGAGGAGGAGGGAGAGGAGGAGAGCGAGAGAGGUUCAGAUGGUGACUACGACGGCGAUGAGCACGAGCCCCCACCUCCCCCAGCGAUGCGUGCAGCCAGACGGCGCGCUGCGUUGACUUCUUCAUCAGCACGAGGGAGGAGGAGUUCGACAUCCGGCACGCGAGGGGGUACGAGGAGACAGAGCGGGAAGGGGAAGAAGCGUCGUUGACUGAUGAGGCCAACACUCCUUUUUCCCCUGCUCGCACUGCG